AUGGAAAAUGUUAAGGGCAAUACUACUAUACCUUUAAUUACAAGAGAAUGGGUUAAUAGAGAAUUAGCAAAUAUUAAAAGAUCCACUAGAGAAAGAUUAAAGAAUAUAGUGAUUGGAGGAAUCCAAAUCAUGAUUAAAGGAUACUUUAGAGAGGGAAUGGAUAUUCCUAUACAAAUAUAUUUAAUGGAUAACAGGAUACUUCAUGAUCCUAUGGACGCUCUAUUAAGAGUUGUCUCUGGAAAUCUUGUAUAUAAGAAAAUUAUAUUUACUAUAAGACUUGGAUUUGCCAUGUCUAUAUUAGAUGAAAACUUAAGUUUAGGAUCAAAUUUAUAUCACAAAAUUGAUAGAUUAAGUAUGCCACCAAGAAGUAAAACUGUAACUUUACAUUGUAAAGCUUUAUAUGCUUUUACUACUACACACCAAAAAGAAAUCAAUAAAAUUUCAGGAGAAUUCAUAGAAAUUCAUGAAGACUUUAAAAACCUAGCACAAUUUACAUCACCAAGAAUGCUAAGUGAUUAUAACAUUUCGUUACCACAAGAGAUAUUACUUGAUUUUCAUCAACGAUCUAGAAGAAUAGACAGUAAUGUAGGUAAUCAAGGAUUAACAAGUUUGAAUACUUUUGGACAAUUUGUUGUUAGAAUGCCUAGUAGAAGAAUAGAAAGAAGUAUCAGUAUUAGAGAAAUCUCAAGCUCUAGUAGACCAUCUACAACUAGAAAUUACACAACUAUACCUAGAAAUAGUAUUGAUAUUGAUUUAAGAAAAAGUGAGGAAGAUAAUUUCUUUAUAUUAACAGAAUAUUUCAAUAAUCAAAAUAACUAUGAAAAAAUCAUAGCCCUUGUUAAUACUGGAGCUUGUACUAGUCAUAUAAGAGCAGACUUAGUCGAUCAUUUAGUAGAAGAAAAUCUUCCACAAGGAAUAACUCUUACAAAUUAUCAUGGAAUUAAAUAUGAAAUUAAAACAUUUGUUAAUCUUGAACUAUGUUUUACUAACAUAGAAGGAGAACAAUUUAAGUUAAACCUUAAAAUUAUAGAAAAGGAAAGGAUGCUAGCCCAUAUUAAUUGGAAUGACCUUUCUUGA